AUGACUGGUGGUGCAGCUCAAAAAGGUGGUUCCGCAAAAGCCAGUAAAAAAGCUGUGAAUAAACAGAAAUACACUAUUGACGCAUCGGCACCUUCACAGGAUAAGAUUUUUGAUUCGGCAGCUUUUGUAAUGAAAAUUAAUGGCCGUACAGGUCAAUUAGGUGAUAUUGUUACUAUAAGUCGUAGCGAAGAUCAUAAAAUUACGAUUACCACCACCUCUCAUGUUUUUUCCAAGCGGUAUAUGAAAUAUCUUACCAAAAAAUUUAUGAAGCAACAUCGUAUUCGUGACUGGUUACGUGUUGUCGCUACUGAUUCGAACACAUAUCAAAUAAGAUACUUUAACAUUAGCAACGAUGUUGAAGAGGAGGAAGAAGAAUAG